AUGACUGAAUGGCUCCUUGUGUUUGCGUACUGCAAAUUCACCAGACCAUGGUUGCUAACUGAGCUCCUAUUGUUGCCCACAGCGCCACCUACAGUGCGCAUUGUGCACUCCACUCAGGCUUGUAACAUUGAGGAGGAACGUUUUAUCGAGCGAGUUUAUACCAUCACAGAGGGUGAGACGCUGGAGUUGCAGUGCCUGGUGACCGGACACCCCCGACCGCAGAUCCGGUGGACAAAGACAGCAGGCGGAGCAUCAGACCGUCAGGGUGACACCUCUGUGCUCAAUGAAACUCUGAGGAUCACUGCCAUCACUCGCCACCAGGGGGGGCGUUACUAUUGCAAAGCUGAGAAUGGACUGGGAUCGCCCGCCAUCCGGUCCAUACGGGUCGAUGUCUACUACCUGGAUGACCCAGUGAUAACGGUGCAUCAGAGCAUUGGCGAGGCGAAGGAGCAGUUCUACUUUGAGCGGACGGUGUUCCUGCGCUGUGUGGCGAACUCCAACCCGCCUGUCCAUUACAGCUGGAGGAGGGGCCGCGAGGUUCUGACGCAGGGUUCUGACUCCGGCGUGGAGAUCUAUGAACCGUUUUUUACCCAGGGCGAGACCAAAAUCCUGAAGCUGAAGAACCUUCGUCCUCAGGAUUACGCCAACUACACGUGCAUCGCGUCCGUCAGGAACGUCUGCGGCAUCAGCGACAAAAGCGCUCGCUUCAACCUCAACAAUGCGACGGCUCCUCCCUCCAUUAAACUCCUGCUCGAUGACCCCCUGGUGGUCAACCCCAGAGAUACGGUUUCACUGGUGUGUGUGGUGACAGGCGGUGACCCCCCUCCCACCCUGAGCUGGGUUCGAACAGGAGAGGAGGAGCUCCCAAAGAAGAGCGUCAUCAAAGGCGGCACAUUAACCAUCCCCGCGAUCACAGCGGAUGAUGGUGGCGUCUACAACUGUGUGGCGUCCAACAAUGUGGGAAACGCUGCCAAGAAAUCCACCACCGUACUGGUCAGAGGCCUUCGUAAAGGCCGGUUCUGGAUCACACCUGACCCAUACCACAACGACGACAACAUACAGAUUGGCCGGGAGGUGAAGAUUAGCUGCCAGGUGGAAGCCACGCCCCCUGAGGAGCUACAGUUCAGCUGGCUGAAGAAUGGCCGGCCACUGCGCAGCUCCGAGCGGAUGGUCAUCACACACACAGACACCGACAUCUCGCCAGGAACCACCAACCUCGACAUCAUUGACCUCAAGUUCACAGACUUUGGCACGUAUACGUGUGUGGCGUCACUGAGGAACGGCGGCAUUACCGAGAUCAGCAUCGACGUAAACAUCUCCUCCACCACAGUUCCUCCAGAGCUGACUGUUCCCAGGGGGCGCUCUCACCUCAUCGCACAGGAAGGUGACACUGUGGACCUGCAGUGUCUGGUCUCAGGGAAGCCUAAACCCAUCAUCCUGUGGUCGCGGGUGGAGGAGGGCGGGGCGGCGGCGGCAGCUGUGAUGCCGGACGGCUUGGCACAGACAGAGAGUUACGACGGCAUUCUGCGCAUCGCCAAUGUGACACGAGAGAUGAGCGGCACGUACCGCUGCCAGACGAGCCAAUACAACGGCUUCAAUGUGAAGCCCAGAGAGGCGCUGAUCCACCUGGUGGUGCAUUUCCCGCCCACGGUGGAGCCAGUGUACACGGAGAUCCGACAGGCUCUGGGCCGGGCCUUCAGCCUCAGCUGCCGCCUGCUGCGGGCUCACCCUGCACGCAUGCUGCAGUACGAGUGGAAACUAGGCUCCCGCCUCCUCACCGUCGGACAGUUCAGCGAACAGCGCGAUGACACCAUCUACCAAGUCCGAGCCCUCAACCGUGAGGGUUACGGCGAGUACACCUGUGACAUCACCAAUGAGGCAGGGGCGGGGCGCUGCACCUUCCUCGUCACUGGGAAGGCCUACGCACCAGAGUUUUACUACGACACCUACAGCGCGCUGUGGCAGAACCGGCCCAGAGUCUAUGGCUUCAAGCUCCAGUGGACACAGAUGGAACCCAACGCUGUCGAUCGCAUCCUGGCCUAUCGCCUCGGCAUCCGGCAGAUGGGUCAGUCCCGCUGGUGGGAGCAGGAGAUCCCCAUGGAGGGAACCAUUCAGAAGGGGGAGCUGCUGACCUACAACUUGACCGAACUCAUCAAACCAGAGUCCUAUCUGGUCAGCCUCACCCCCAUCACCCGUUACGGAGAGGGCGACCCUACUGAGCGCAUCAUCACGUACAGCGCUCCUGUAAACCCACACCUCAGGGAGUUCCAGUGUGGCUUUGAGGAUGAGGCUGUCUGCUUGUUCUCUCAAGACAAAACUGAUGACUUUGACUGGACACGUCAUAGCACCGCCAUCCGAAACACCAAAUAUACCCCCAACACAGGACCGAGCUCCGACCACAAUGGCUCCAAGCAAGGUUUCUACAUGUACAUCGAGACGUCCAGACCGAGGCUGGAAGGUGACAAGGCCCGCCUCCUCUCACCCACCUUCAACAUGGGCUCCAAGAGCUCCUCCUCCAUGAGCGCAACUGCCAACCCCGCCUACUGCUUUGCCUUCUACUAUCACAUGUACGGGAAACACAUCGGAGCGCUCAACGUGUUCCUGCGUCAGAAGGGCCAAACUGCAAUCGAAACAUCCAUGUGGAGUCUGUCCGGUAACCAAGGAGACCGCUGGCACCAAGCCAAGGUCAACAUCCACCCAACCACAGCCUUCCAGAUGGUGAUAGAGGGAGUCCGGGGGCCUGGGAUCGAAGGAGAUAUCGCCGUUGAUGAUGUCACUAUCGAGGAAGGGGAAUGUAAAGACCCUCCCCCCAACAAUCUGAGGUCACUUGCCCCGCCCUCUUUGCCCCAUAUAUGGCAGCUGUGCGUCACCCUGAGCUUUGCUCUUAUUGGACGACAGAGGUGACCCUCAUUUUCUGUGUGGCACCUUUGAGUCCAGUGUUUUUCCACUCUCAUUCCCCCAACCAGCCCCGCCUCAUUUAACCCCGCCUCCACAACUACCAAAGAGGACAUUAGAUCAACAGAUGGCUAAAGCAAAAGGUCAAGAGGUCAUGUAAAAGCUGUCAGUGAGUAGACAGUUAAGGAGAAUGAACCGAUGUCUUUGCUGCCUGCGUCCAUGACACAGAAAAGCUAUUAGCUAGCACGCUGCCGUGACUUUUUUGGUUGUUCCUGUUUGUUCAGAGCCGCCAUGGCGGAUCAGAUCCACAUAUUGAUUUGACUAAAGUUUUACAUUAAAUAUGCAGAAGCAGAGUGGACGGAGGGAGGGGUUGUACCAGAACUCUUCUCACGUCACGCUAAAGGACUAACCGUGGUGCUACUGUGUUGCCCUUUAGCGAACAAGCUAGGUACCAUUUAAUCCAAGAAUCAGGUGUGUUUGAAAUUAGCGCUAGUAUGAGAUUCAAACCUGGAAACCACAAAAUGUGCUCAAAGCUUCAUGAUUAUAAACAGCUGUAGCAAAUUUUGGUUAGAAAAAAAAAUCUCUCAAAUGUUAACAAUGACUAAAACUAAAACAUCUUUUUGCUACAUUUUUGUUCAUGAACUUGUUUCAGUAAUAUUGUUGAUCUCUGAGGUAACAUGAAGAACAAAUGUCAGGAAAAAGGCAUGUGGCUAGCAUACUAGUUAGCCAUGCUAACAACCCUGUUUUUAGAAACAUCAUGCUCUGUUCAUGUAUAAACUGUUAUAAACAAAACAACUGUGUUUAAUGUCAUGUAACAGGUAAGGUAACCAUAAACAUAGAUACAGCUAGCUUACGAGUUGGCUAGUUUGUCUAUAUAGCAUGCUAAUCAGUCUCAUUGAAUCAUUAACUAUGCAAAUUGGUCUAAUCUGUGUUUAUGAGAAAAUAGGAGGCUGCUCAUCAGUGACUUUACUAAAUAAUUUAACAUUCCAGUUGUGACAUUAAAUAUUUGUAAUAAUUAGCUUCACGCUGACAACACGCACUCUGCAGCAGGACCCGCGAGAUCUCGUCACAUUGCCAACUUUUCAAGACACAACUUAAAUCUAUUAAGUCCUUUCUCAUUAGUGUAAUCAUAGUUUCCAACUUAUUUGGUUUCUGACCCCUUAAAAUCCAAACCCACUUCGGACUCACGUGUGACAGGUGGAAUAUUUUAUCGUUAUGGUCCACUUUUUUAAAUUGCUGAAAAGAUUAAAUUAUGCAGCAAGUUACAAAAAGUAAAUCGAUUCUCUACAAAAAUACAUAUAGUUUAUGUUACCACUGAUUUCCUGUCCUGUUGGUGGUCCACACACCCCAGAUUGGAAACAAGUCGAAAGACUGAAAACAAAAGAAGCAUCAACAUUAAAAAUUAUUUCAAUGGAUUUACAAAUACAUUCAGAAAAACUUUGACCUUUUGCUUUCAGCUCAGUUCUGAAAAUGACGCGCUGAAUGGAUGCUUUGGUCACUUAAAGGUGCAUUAUGUGGUUUUCUGUGACAUCUAGUGGUGAGGAGUCAAACUGCAAUGCACCCAACAACCAAAUCUCAGGGUUUGUUGGAUUGAAAUCUGAAACCUCACUCCUGGAUGUCACUGAAAACCACACAACGCACCUUUUAUUAAAAAAAAAAAAAAUCUUUGAAAAAUAAUCCACCCCUUUAACACCCUCCGUCUUAAUGCCGUCCCACCUCACGACCAUCUUCCCGUUACUCCCUGUCAUCCAUAGAUCAACAGUACUGUAGCCACCAGCUGCACGCUCAGACAGCAGUCGUUUUGGUUUUGGCAGAAGGUAACUUUUUCCAGCUGGCAGACCAACACAGCAGCUUUUUUUAAAAAAAGAUUUUUUUGGUCUUAUUUUGCCAUCUGUCUGUCUGCGGCAGACUGAUGACGAGGAUUCGUUCUCUGCCAUGACAUCAAGUGCCUUCAGACUCAAACAGGAAACGAUCGCUGGGUCGACAGCUGUCCUCGUGGGAACGAACUGCUGCCCAAUAAACAGCGAGAGACACGAAGCAAAGUGUUGGACGCUCCUCAGUGUAAAAUAACUUAGUUUGGAUCAUGCAGAGAUUCAGAUUCUUACAAAUGUUUUUAAAGCGGGAGUUGAGCAAAUGUUUAUUUUCCUGUAAAAAAAAAAACAAAAAAACCAUCUAGUUUUCUUCGAGAGGAAAUGCUGCUACUGAGGGAAGGACUUUUAUUUUGACAGGAUUUUGUCUGAUGACUGUAAGGAAGCUGUGGACAGCAAAACUGACUGUGCGAGAAUAAAAAGCAAUCACCCACGUGGUAACACCCUUCGGAGACUUCAAAAUAAAAGACUUUGAGAAGGAGAAACUUCCUUUCGGACGAUGUUCGGCCUGGAAGCCAGUCGACCACAGCCAGUGGGUGUCAGAACUAUUUUAAUAUUUGAUGUUUUCAGGCGGUGUCACAACUCGAGACAGUCAUUUACAUUAAUGAAAAUAAAUGCGCUGCAGCUUUUGAAAAAGCAGGAACAAAAUGAUUUAUUAAAAAGAUCUUAUAUUGUUCUGAUGUUGUUAAAAAAAUAAUAAUAAUGAAGGCACCUGUCUUUAUUUUUUUCAUUUGUUCUGUUUGGAAUUUGAUUGAAUUUUUCUCAGAACUGAAACAGUCAGAGGUUUAUUUAUUCUGAUUUUUUUUUUUUUACCCACUUGACUAAAAAUUUCAAGAUUUGGUUUUCAUGUAGCUUGGUGACGACAUUCCUCCUUGUCUGAACUUCAACAUUUAAUUUUGAGACACUUUUUUUUAACACUCCAAAAUGUGCUCUCUUUCGCUCUCUCUGUCUUCUCUGGGGGGGGGGGCCUUAGAGCUCACUGGCCAAUCACAGCCGAGAUCACAUUACAACAGCUGAGCCCAGGAACAGUGGGCAAAGUCAUUG